AUUACCAGGGUUAACCCUUGCCAGUUACCUAACCCCCAUGCUAAUGCUAUAUAAUAAUACGCAUCACUGCAUUAACUAAUGUUCAUCGGUUAAUAAAUGAACCCUCAUUGUAAAGUGUAACCCUGUUUGUUGUGGGCUGAUGUUGCAUAAUGCAGAUGUAGGGUGUAGGGAGGAAACACAAGUGUCAAGGUAACGGAAGUGCUGCUGCCCUGAACGAUACGCGGAGAAGACGGAGGAAGGAGGCUCGAUCGUCUAGAGAAAAAACAAGAUUUAAAGUCGCCAAUAUAUUAAGUGUGACAGAAAAUGGACAGGAACGACCUGGUACAGCAGGCCAAGCUUGCAGAGCAGGCUGAGCGCUAUGAUGAUAUGGCUGCUGCCAUGAAGUCUGUAACGGAGCAGGGAGUGGAACUCUCCAAUGAGGAACGCAACUUGCUCUCUGUUGCCUAUAAGAAUGUGGUCGGGGCACGCCGUUCAUCUUGGCGUGUCAUCUCCAGCAUUGAGCAGAAAACUGAGGGCAAUGAGAAAAAGCAGCAGAUGGCACGUGCAUACCGAGCGGAGAUUGAAACCGAGUUGCAGUCCAUCUGCAAGGAAGUGCUAGCACUCCUGGACAAAUUUCUGAUUGAAAAUACAACUGCUCCUGAAAGCAAGGUCUUCUAUCUGAAAAUGAAAGGGGAUUAUUUCCGAUACCUUUCUGAGGUAGCAUCUGGUGAUUCCAAGAAAGAAACAGUGGAUCAGUCUCAGGAGGCCUACCAGAAUGCUUUUGACAUCAGCAAGAAAGACAUGCAGCCAACGCAUCCCAUUAGGCUUGGUCUGGCCCUCAACUUCUCAGUCUUCUACUAUGAAAUCCUCAACAGCCCGGAAAAGGCCUGUAACCUGGCAAAGACGGCAUUUGACGAAGCCAUUGCUGAACUUGACACUUUGAAUGAAGAUUCCUACAAAGACAGCACCCUGAUCAUGCAACUACUAAGGGACAACUUGACUCUGUGGACAUCAGAAAGCCAGGGAGAUGAGGGAGAGACCGGAGAAGGGGAAAACUAAUGAAAUUGCACUGUUAAUCCACCUACACUCUUUAUCUUAAACACAGACAGCUUAUAUUCAUCCCCUCCACUCCAUCAAACCCUUCCCCUUCUGUAUGACAAGCAGACUGAAUUGCUCCUGACCAACUAGUUUACCCCUCUCAGUUCGCUGAGAGGUGACAGGUCCAUGUCGCAGUAUUCUUUUUAUUUUAUUUUAUUUUUGCUUUGUGUGGAUGCAUUUGCAAGGUUCUGUGUGAUUUUUGGAGAGGAACAUGGUGUGAAUGGUUGUGAAUGAUGUAUGUGUAUCGGGGGAGGGGGAGAAUUCUAAUCAUCCUUCCUUAAUUCAUUUGCCCAAGCUAGUUUGUUGUGCAUUUUUCUUCCUUUUUUGUUACAUACUCUUUGUGUGAUUUGUCAUGGAAUUUACAGGUUUUCUGGUAUGGUUACUAAACUGGCAGUUGAUUUUUCACCAAACACUGUGAUGCUAUAUAUUAAAUGCUUCACAGACUAAAUUGUUAAUAAAAAAAAAAAGAAAGGACACUGUACAAUCCUGUAUUUUACUAACUGCAAUUCUGCUGUGAGCUCAUACAGAAA